AUGGCUCGGCUUGUGGACUGCUACCCUGCGAGCGACGACGACCUACCGCGACUUCAAGGUCCCCUUCAACUCGAUACCAGCAGAUCCAGGCGACCGGCGGCCGAAGCCGCUGACAAAAAAAACCUUGUUCCCAAAUCCACAACCACUUCAUCGACCCGCAAGGUUCGUCGACUGGGCAGAGGCACCCGGACUGCGACCAACCCUCUCUUCCGGCCAUGGAAUCCAGAUGGCGAGAACAGCUCCCAAGCCUCCUCGCACGUCUUCCUCGGGGGGUCCCCGAAGAAGCGAGAAAAGUCUCAAGAAAUGCCUCGGUGCCCUCAAUAUCCUCCGUCGCAAUCCGAUCAAGACUCGCCGCCGCCGCCUGCCCGUCCCGGCCGCGUCAGACGGCAGAGAGCCAACCCAGCAUUCCACGACGAGUCCGCCGAUGCUGGCCUGAUCGAGAAACAGCUGAGUCUGCAGGGGAAGACACUGGACGAGGACGGCAACCUGGCGGAGACACGAAAAGGGGCUCCGAUUCGAGAAGCAGUCCCGCAAACUGAGGCAAAGGCACAGGACGCCGUUCUGAUUUCCGACAAUGAGGAGUCAAGUGUCUACCAAACUGCGGCCGAGGACACUUCUGAGGACAGCGAUGGCUCUGCAUCGGAAUUUGAACUGGACCAUUCGUCUGACGAAUCAUUCAACGGACUUUUACAGCCACGAAUGGUCACGGGUAAAGGGCGAGUUGCGGCCCGUGGUUCCUCGGCGAAAAUUCCGUCCCUCAGAGAAUCCAGUCAGGAUAGACAGACCCUGGCACGAGAAACUCUGCACAAUUCCAAGCCUCCUAGCGAAGCGGUGGAGCUCAGCAAAGCCCUCGAGAAGCUCCAGAUACACGGCGGAGACUUUUCAGGCAAGAACCUUGAGCUGUGCAAAGGAGACAACUUGGUCUUGCCGAGCACGCCGCCCAAAGCGCCUCGUCCGGGCAGCCUUGUGUCGCCCCGCAAGCUGGGCCGCAUCCCGCAGACGCCUCACAGGCCAAGCAUAGAUGCGUUCUGGAGCCAGGACUUGAUAGACGACUGGAACGAUCGCCACUCUCCAACGAAGCCGAUGCUGCUUCCGGUGGUGGAGAGCCCGGUCAAGCGAAGCAUGGCCAAGGGCAGCCCGACCAAGGCUACAAAGAAAUCGUUUGAUGCCAGAAAGCGAUUGCUCGCCGAGGAAUUCCUUCGCGAACUCGAUACCGAGAUCACGCACGGCAAGAUCGCGGAGCUGGUCGAAUCGACGGGCGGCGUGAAGCUCGUCUGGACAAAGACGUUGAAUACCACGGCCGGAAGGGCCAACUGGCGGCGCGAGACGACGCGGACCAAGUCGGCUUCGGGCACGCCCAUCAGCGUGAGCCACAAGCAUCACGCCUCCAUCGAGCUUGCCGAGAAGAUCAUCGACACUGAGGACAGGCUGCUCAACGUAGUAGCCCACGAGUUCUGUCACCUGGCCAACUUUAUGGUGAGCGGCAUCACCAACAACCCGCACGGAAAGGAGUUCAAGGGUUGGGCGGCCAAGUGCUCUCGCGCCUUUGGCGAUUCGCGGGGGAUCCAGGUGACGACGAAGCACACGUACGAGAUUGACUUCAAGUACGCAUGGGCCUGCACGGCGUGCGGAUCCGAAUACAAACGGCAUUCCAAGAGCAUCGACCCGCAGCGUCACCGCUGUGGGAGCUGCAAGAGCACUCUCAAACAGACGAAGCCGGUACCCAGAAGCGCGGCCGGCGGAGGGGGCGGCAAGCCGAGCGACUGGCAGGUGUUUGUCAAGGAGCAGAUGAAGACUGUGAGACGGGAGAACCCAGGAAGUCCGCAAAAGGAGGUGAUGAAGAUUGUUGCGGAAAGAUGGGCCAAGACCAAAAAGGGACUUGUGGUUGCGGAUGAUGCACCGUCGAAUGUCCCUGACGACGCCUAA